UGAUGGUAUUGCGACUCACUGCGUUCACCACCGUUCACGGAGAUGCUGCGGUUAUUCUGGCCCGCCAGAUCAGGGCAUCACCAGCGCUUGGGCCGGUUCCUGCGCUUGCAGCGAAUCAUGCGAGUCAAUGCUGUGGGGGAGCAUUCACGGCACAGGCUUGACGAUCACCAUUCUACCGAAAAUAACAUCUACGGCUGCCUCUGUCUGCCUACAUACACGCGCGUUGUUGAGCAGAACCAAAUCGUCGCGUCGUAAGACCUCCUGUGAACAAUGGUCGCAUAGCACGAAUGACCUUAUGCUCUGCGAAGCCUGUUGUAGGCUCUCUGAACGGUCGAACUCUGCCCAAACACCGCUGGGAGCCAUGAGUGCGUGGCUAAAAGUCCGGAGCUCCCAUUGGCUGCAUGUAAGUGCGAGCCCGUAGUCAACUGUUCCAGCCGCCAGGAACACUGAACGAGCCUUCGAAUGUGCCCACUUUAGAGCACAUCAGCAUGGUAUGCGCCAGUAUCGGGCGACAAGCUACGUAUACAUGCAGUAGUCAAACCGGGGAUACCAGCCGCGUAGAAGAGCAAUAUAAACGCCGCUUAAUAGCUUCUUGCUUCCCGAUAGUCGGACACAUUCACGUUCCAAGCCCGUCUAGUGCGCCUCUAGCAUCGCACUCAGCACUACCAACACCUCCUGCGCCCUUCGUUGGAA